AUGGCACUGAUUGUGCAGAACUGCUACAUCCUGGGAUCGGCCAUCUACCGGCAGAGGCAGAUGGUCCGCCUCACUCGCACGAUCGAGGAGACCACGGACGUCGGCCUUCUCUUGGCCUCCAUGCAGACGGAACGCUCCGAGAUGGCCUACCACGUGUUCGGCAUCAACGUCUCCGGCACGUGGACCGCCGAGGACGGUUUCGCCGUGUACGACCGUGAACACAGUCUGAGGCAGGUGUUUGACCGCACCGACCUGGCGCUGGACAAGCUGGUCGACUGGAGGGCGAUCGCCGGGGAGGCGGGCCUUCAGUGGCAGGACCGCAUGUUCGCCUCCAAGGGCCGCUUCCAGACCUACCUCGGAGACAUCAGACGGAUGGUUCUGGAAGGUCGCACCCCGUCCCGCUCCGAGAUGCUCUGGUACAACCGCACCACGGCUCUGCUCCUGCGCGUGUUGGUACGACACAUCUCCGACCGAAAACUUAGCUCGGGAGACGUCAGUAGCCCGUUUCUGGCGUACAUCAACAUCAUGCGCGCCGUGGAGCACCUGGGUCUGCUGCUGACACUGGGACUGCGGUACCUCUCCACCGGCACGUCGCCGCUGCUGGUCGCCCAGACGGCCCUCUCCGACACCCUGUUCUGGGAGUACAUCGGCAACACGCGCACGUUCGCCUCCGGCAUCGCCGACAACAUGAGUGACAUCCUUGAGGAGGGCGACGGCAUGGGCACCUUCAUGGUCGUGAGGGACGGCAUAAUCAACGACGUGCCUCGAGCGUCCCUGAAUGUCAGCGCCACAGAGUUCUUCCACAACAACAGCCGCCUGCUGAACCGACUGCAGCAAGUGCAGCGUCAGCUCAAGGAGAACAUCGAGUCUCUGACCAGUGACGAGGUGCUGGUCUCGAGGCUGUAG